AUGAGGACCGUCUUUGCUCUCGUUGUCGCCCUCGCCGCUUCCAUGGCCUCGGCCGGCGUCAUCAUUACGCCAAUCAAGGCAAACCAGGUGGUGCCCAAGAACGACGAUGACUGCUUCUUUGGCGUGACGACACCAAAUGGCUGCGGGCCGCUGCGAAACUAA